AUGUCAGCCCCUGGAGAAACGAACAAGGCCACCGCCGAGAGCGGACCUGAGUCGCCUACUACUGCGCAACCCCUUGAUCUCGAUGAUGAUGAUGAUGUUCAGGAAUCUGGCGUUCUCGAUAGCAACACUACACCCGCUGCUGCGACCAACACCACUACCACCCAGGCUCAGACUCAGGCACCACCACCCACAAACGAGACAGCGCCUCCUAAGCCUCCCCGACCUGUUUCCGAAGCGCAAAAGAAUGAGACUAUACUCAAGGAAGCUUUCCCUACUGUAGAGCUGAGUGUUAUCAAGGCUGUGUUGAGAGCUAGUGGUGGUCGCGUUGAGCCUGCGUUCCAUGCUCUCUUGGAGAUGACCGAUCCUGAUGCUGCGCAAAACGAACCCGCCGACGAAGUCCCCCCGCCUCAACCCCCUAGGCCUCAGAACCGAACUCAGAUGUCGCAAUUGGAGGCAGACGAGCUAUAUGCACGCCAGCUUGCAGAACACUACGACAAUGUUGGUGCCUACGAGUCGCGCACUGCCAACCGAGGUCAAAGGCAGGGUCAGCGAGGUCAGGAUGAAUGGGGUGACGACCGUGAGCACAGCUUCAUUGACGAUGACCUUCCUGUUAUUCGCGAAAACCUACGCAAGGGAUUCUUCGAGACACAGGAAAAGGUCAAUGGAUGGAUUACAAACAUCAAGAAGAAGAUCGAGGAGAACUUUGAUGAGAGUGAAGAGCAGACGCAACGACAAGGAGAGCCCUUCCGUCGUCCCGGAGAGUCCAGCAGGCGAAGCGGUGACUAUGACCGAUAUGAUGCGGAUCCCCAAGUUCUCAGCGAUGAUUUCGCUGGCAUGAAGUUUUCUUCUGAUGGAACUCCCGUGAACCGACCCAUGGCCAAUACUGGCAUGUACAAGCCCCCUCCCCCAUCGACUUCGCCUAAGCCUAGCAACGGCCGACGAGUUGGUUUCAAGGAGGAGACCGAAGAAAUCAAUAUGUAUGACUCUUCACCUAGAGUGCCACCCAAGGAUGCAGCUCCCGCGAUUGGCACAAGGGGAAGCAAGUGGCAGCCCAUGUCGGCGGUUGAGCCAAGCCCUAUCGCAGAAAACGACCCCUUUAGUCUUGGAGAUAGUGAAGAUGAGAGGGAAACACAUCAGAAGACCAAGGACGACAAGACUGAUGACAGUGAUCGCUUGAAGAAGGCUACUGCUGAGGCAAUGGCUGAUAGCCUGAGCGAGUCUAAAGACACCGAGGCAAAGAAGAACUAG